AUGGUCUCGAAGACACUCACGCUUUUGGGGUUGGCGGCGGCGGCGGUCGCCAGGGGAAGCUGCCCUACCGGCAAGACCCAGCUGCCUCUCAGCUCUCUCGGCGGCGGUGAUGGCGAGGGUCAGAUGAAUCACUUUGCCAACGAUGACAAGCUUAACAUGUUCCGCCUGCCCGUCGGCUGGCAGUUCCUCGUCAACAAUCAGCUCGGAGGCACCCUCAACGCCGGCAACCUGGGAAAAUACGAUCAAGUAAUGCAAAAGUGCCUCGCGACCGGCGCCUACUGUAUGCUCGACAUCCACAACUUCGCGCGAUGGAACGGCGGCAUCAUCGGGCAGGGAGGACCGACGGACGACCAGUUCGUGUCUCUGUGGACGCAGCUGGCGACGAAGUACAAGGACAACGAGAAGGUCGUCUUCGAGCUCAUGAACGAGCCCCACGACCUCGACGUCAAGAUCUGGGCCGCGACUUGCCAGAAGGUCGUCACGGCGAUUCGCGGAGCCGGCGCAACGAAGCAGAUGAUCCUGCUGCCCGGCACCAACUUCAACUCGGCCGAGUUCCUCGUCAGCAGCGGCAGCGCGGAUGCGUUGAUGGCCAUCACGAACCCCGACGGCACUACCGACAACCUCAUCAUCGACGUGCACAAGUACCUGGACGAGGACAACAGCGGCACGCACAAGCCGUGCACGACGGAUAAUGUGGAGAGUUUCAGGACUGUUGCUGAGUAUCUGCGGUCCAAGGGCCGUAAGGGGCUGGUCAGCGAGACAGGAGCCUCGAGUGAUUCUUCGUGCUUCACGGCUUUCUGCGCGCAGAACACCUUCAUCAACCAGAACUCGGACGUGUUCAUUGGCCUCGUCGGGUGGGCCGCCGGCAGCUUCGGCACCGACUACGUCCUCAGCUUGACGCCGAAGAAGUCCGGCAACAGCUACACGGACAACGAUCUCAUGAAGCAGUGUGUUCUCGCGACGUGGAAUACCGAGCUGAACGUGACAACGCCCGUUUCGGCCCAGCCUUCAAAGCCGGUAGCCUCUGCGAAGCCGAGUGCAGCCCCAAGUUCAGUGCCUGCGUCCGUACCCAUCUCCGCUCCGGACUCGGCGCCUACCUCGGCUCCCACCGCAGCGCCGGUUACCAGUGAUGAUGGCUCGGCUAUCCUGCCUCCGACUACUGUCAUGACCGUGCCGACAACUUUAUUGAUUGACACGUCGACCCCGACACCGCCUGCUCCCACCGGGACUCGUGGCCGUAAUGGAACGACUACAACGAGCACGCCGUCGCUGCCUACUGCGGCCGGCGCUCGGGUUGAUGCUAUGGGAAGCCUGGUUGGCUUCGGUUUGGCGGUGGCAAUGAUGUUGUAA